AGCGAUCGGUUCUGUCAUGGAACUUGAAGCACCAGAUACCUACCUGCCUACAACUUGAGAGUAGAAACCACCGGAGGGCGCCUCAUCCAACCGUUAGUUUAACAGCCAUCACGAAAGAAUCAUGAUCUUGGGACGCCAAGAUUCGUGAAAAUUGUUAGUUUUCGUUAAUGUCUUUGUUAAUUUAGGCCAGAAAGGUUUCAGCUUUCUGAGGUUUCUGGGGAGUCUGGUAUAAAAGUGAAGAACCCCACUUCACUGUGAUGGGUCCUGAUACAAUAAUGGGAAGUGGAGACUACCCUCUGCUGAAGGAUUUGAGAUUGGAAAUUGAAGGAAAGGAGGGAACUUUCUCGGUCUGUUUCUGGGUUUAUCUUAUGAGCUCCACCACAUUCCCUGCUACGAUUCUCCAACAGGUGCGCUCUGAUAUCUCCAAAAGUGCCCCUUUUCUUGUUAUAAAUGACAAUAAGAGAAUCAACCUUUUACCUGUUAUUCUCUUACACGAAGAAGCUCCUAAUGUUGGCGAUGUCAAUUCAUGGGCAGAAGUUCCGCAUGCAACUGUAGAUUUUGAGUUCCCUUUAGAAAAAUGGAUCCAUGUUGGAUGUGAGAUUACCCCAGACCAUAUUCAGCUUCAGAUUAAUGGAGAGAUUGUUGGAGCAAAAUCUCUGUCUUCCUUAUUAAAUAAGGAAUCCAAUUCAAUUGGUUUGACUAAAAUUGCUUUGGCUUAUGUCGGUGGUGAUGGCAAUAUUGUUCAGGGUUAUGUGCACAACUUGGAAGUCUUGCCCUCUGCUUCCUCUAUUAAGGAUCAACAUUUAAAGGACCCUCCUCUGAAGUUAUCUAUUGAUGAAUUGUCUGCCUCUGAGAUUGAAGAGGAAAGUGAUGGAGUCUGGAGCAUUGUUGGUGGCAAGGCAUCGUGUCGUAGGAACUUCUCUUUGGAUGUUGUUCUGUCAGAUGCUUUUGGCCAGCCUGUAGACAAGGAUAGUGAGGUGUUUGCUUCACUUUUGUAUGCUGAUACUGGAGCACCUGUGGAGAACACAACUGAUGCUGAAGCACCUCUUUUGCUUAGCUCUGAUGGGACCGAAUAUUCUGCUCAUGAAAGACCAAGUAAACUCUUGCAGGGACGUGCCUCAUUUAAGCUCAAGAUAUCUCAGCUUUCAUCCAAGUGUGAUAAUAGGCUGUUCCUCAUCCGGUUUUGUCUUCCGAAGUUGGGAAGUUAUCCUUUUCUUGAGACAUCCUCUCGUCCAAUUCGAUGUAUUUCCAGAAGUCGCAACACAAGAUUGUCGACUUUGGUGUGGAAAAGAUCAACUCCUCCUGAUGCUUCAUUGGAACUUCAAAAUGCUGCUGCUCAUGAAGCAAAAGCCAGUAGUCCAUCGAUGAAGCGGUUUAGACUUGGGCAUGACAAAAUAUCUGUAUCAGUGAAGGCUGACGGUGCCUCAGAGCAGCCUGAUGAGGAAUGCAAUUCUCAUGCCAGGACCAUAAAUCGGAUUGAGAAUGGGUUUGCAACAAGCUUGGAAGGUAGACCUGAGAACUUUGAUGAAGCAGAUAACUCUCCAUCUGAUUCAGGGAGCAUAGGGGAGGAAAAUUCACAGUCCAAGAUCGCAAGAAAUCCAAUCUCUGACAUGACCAUAUUCAAAUACUGCCUGGCAGGCUUAACUGAGAGGUCUCUUGUGCUCAAGGAAAUAGCUUCCUCUGCCUCUGACAAAGAAAUUUUGGAAUUUGCAUCCCAGGUGUCACACUAUUCAGGAUGUUCACAUUAUGGAACCCAAAUAUCAUUUUCCAAGGGAUUAAUAGAGGAAGGAACUCUGGUAUGGAAGACAUUGUCCCAAAACAACUACAAUAUACGGUGGGACAGUGCAGUUUAUGAGAUUGAAGAGCACUUCAUGAAGAUUGCUCGCUGCAGUUCAAGAGCUCUCACACUCCAGGUGACUACCUUUUUAAAUAUUCUGUAAUUGAGGCACCGUAGU